UGGUUGUCGCAUUUGUGACGCAGAAAGCGCUGUCCGCAGGUCCAUAGCAAUCUUGACUCCCUGGCCAUGUUAGGAUCUGUGCUUGGCUCCUUGCUGCCCGCUGCCCUCGGGGGUGUGCCUGGUCUGCAGUCUUGUGGGUGAGGCUGGAGUGUGAACCCAAGGCCGCCCCUCCCCAGCUUGUCCGUCAUGGCUGAAGAAGCAGAUGUGGAUAUAGAGGGGGACGUAAAUGAGCCCAACAAGGGAGACUAUGAGAAAACGAGCUCUGCAUUUGUUCCAGAUCAUUACCUGAAUUCAGUGUGGAAGAGUGACGACGAACUAACUCCGUGGACCUUAGAUAACUCAAUAAGUGAAGAAAACAGGGCUGUCAUAGAGAAGAUGUUGCUUGAAGAAGAAUAUUACUUAUCCAAUAAGUCACUUCCAGCUACGUUCUUGUCUGAUACUAAGGAUGGAGAAACAAGCUACAUCAAAAGGAGUCCACAAAAGAAAAUUGCACGAGUUCCGAUACGAUCGCCGACUAAACCAGGCAGCAGCCCAGCAAAAUGGACCGAAGAAGAAAAGGCCCUGUUUGACCAAGGACUGGCAGAAUUUGGCAGAAGAUGGACAAAAAUUGCCAAGUUUAUUGGGAGCCGAACAAUUCUACAAGUCAAGAACUAUGCAAGGCAAUAUUUUAAAAAUAAAUGUAAAGUGGGAGACACUGAGAAAGAGGAAUCUAAGAAUAACACAGACAGCUUUCAUGCAUUCAGUCUUGAAGAUAAUUCUGAAGAAGCUACUUUGGCGGAUGAAUUUACCACUCUCAGAGGUAGAUCUGAUCCAAACCUUAAUGCUGUUAAGAUUGAAAAAUUAUCAGAUGAUGAAGAAAUAGACAUAACAGAUGAAGGAGAUGAAGCACAUAUCAGUAAUCCACACCUUUCAGCAGAUAAAGCGAACCCACAUUUAGAAAGAGUUGGAAGCAAUAAGGCUAUUAACCCCAUGUUGCACAAAAGUCCUUUUAGGACAGAACUAUCAGAAAAUGUUUCAAGUUCUCCUGUACUAAAUGAUAAACAGACAGAUAUAGAGGACAGAGAAACAUUUCAAACUUUGACUUAUAAUGCUAAAAAUACACUUAACAAUGAACAGUGCAAACAGGAAGGAGAUGAUGGCCCUCCUUGCCUAGAACAGGAUACCAAAGACAUAUGCUCAGGGCACCAUUCCAGUUCACCCUCUAUGUAUGAGAAUGGAAAUGAAAGCCAAGAUGAAGGAGAUGAACUAAAGCCACCUGACCAGGAAGCAGAAAUAGACAGAGAUUUCAUCCUAGAAGAAGAAAAGCAAGCAAUUCCUGAAUUUUUUGAAGGUCGCCCAGCAAAAACUCCAGAACGUUACCUUAAGAUUCGCAAUUAUAUUUUGGAUCAGUGGGAUUGUUGCAAGCCAAAAUACCUAAAUAAGACCUCAGUUCGUCCUGGCCUAAAGAACUGUGGAGAUGUGAACUGCAUUGGACGUAUACACACGUUCCUGGAAUUAAUUGGUGCAAUAAACUUUGGGUGUGAGCAAGCAAUUUAUAAUAGACCUCAGCCAGUAGAAAAAACAAAGACCAAGGAAGGUAAAGAUGCCUUAGAAGCAUAUGAGCUGGCACAUCGUUUACAGUCUAUGCGCACAAGAAGGCGCCGGGUUCGUGAUCGCUGGGGUAACUGGUGUGAUGCAAAAGACCUCGAGGGACAAACAUUUGAGCAUCUAUCCGCGGAGGAACUGGCAAAAAGACGUGAGGAGAAGACCAAACCAUCAAAAUGCUUCAAAGGAUCAAGACAAGUUAAGAGCUUGUUUGACCCAUUCCAGUUGAUUCCCUGUGCUUCAUUCAACAACGAGAAAAAGGAGCCAUUUCAAGUAAAGAUUUCAGCAGAAGCCAUGCUAAUAUUAAACUUGCAUUCUCAUGUGUCCAUGGCCGAGGUUAUAGGUCUAUUGGGUGGAAGAUAUCUGGAAUCUGAGAGUGUUGUAGAAAUCUGUACGGCAGAACCAUGCAACAGCCUGAGCACUGGUCUGCAGUGUGAGAUGGAUCCUGUCUCGCAGACUCAAGCAUCAGAGGCUUUAGCCGGGCAAGGGUACAAUGUAAUUGGAUGGUACCAUUCACAUCCUGCGUUUGAUCCCAGCCCCUCUAUACGAGAUAUUGACACGCAGGCGAAGUACCAGAGCUAUUUUUCCCGUGGUGGUGCAAAGUUCUUGGGGAUUAUCAUAAGUCCUUACAAUCGUAGCAAUCUACUUCCACAUUCCCAAAUGUCAUGUCUAAUCAUUAGUGAUGAUCUUAGCGAAGAUGGAUCUUACCGAAUACCAUACCAGUUUGAAGUAGAGGAUAUGUUGGGGGAGCCUCGGUGGGAAUUUGUUUUUGAGAAGACCAGAUGGAUAAUUGAUAAAUACCAAUUAUUACCCAGCAGCGUCCCUAUGAACAAACGCUUUCGACAGGAUUCUGACCUCACCUGCUUGCAGAAGCUCUUGACCUGUUUGGAGAAGACUUUAUUGAGAGCAGCCUGUCCCAUUGUUGCUGAGGAAUUCCUGAGCCAAAUUGAGCAUCUUUUUCACAGCACCUUUAAAUGUGCAAAGGACACAGAGGUGGAACAGGAAGAGCAGAAAAUGACUUUUGACAGAGCCAGUAUUAGUCCUGUACCUGAAAACAUUGACCAGCAAAAAAACUAAGCACUCCUUCUGCAUCCGUGGAGAUAUUGUGUUAAAGACUGAAAAUAAAUCCUUAUUCAGAUCCCUGCGGGAGAAUAAAUGGUCACGUUUGCACAAGAAAUACAAAACCUAAACUGUAUGAAUGGCCCUCAUUAAAAAGGCCGCUAAUUACUUACACACUUUGUCUCCUACAGGACCUUUUAUUUCUUUAGGGAAUUGUAUUAAAUAUAGUUUUAUUUCAUGGUUAUUUUAAGAUGAGAGCAACGUUAACAGUUCCAAUCAUUUUAUAACUAAAAAACACAAAGCAGGGGUCAUAUUUUACAAUAAACUAUUUUAAGUUUUGAAUAAAUAGAUCAACGUGAGGAAUGUACAGUUGUACUUCAUGACAAUGUUUUAAAGGGACACUAAACCAUUUGAGACUGUUACUUUUCAGAACAUUUAUAAUUGUCCCUAAUUGACCUCCGUAGGAUAACUUAGUUACAAUAUGGCAGUACCCCUUUCAAAACUUUAUAUUUAUUUUGAAAUAUUUCUAUAACGACUAUAAUUUAAAACAGAUCUGCAUGUUAUUUGCAGUUUAAUCUUUGCUUUGAAUACAUCAUUAUGUCAAACAUUUUAAUGUCCCUUUAAUUCCUAGCAGCUAAGCACACGUCAUGAAGCAAGGGAGAUAAUGUAUCUCAUAACAUGAGUCUCAUUAACGCCCAAGGACAAGUUACAUUAUUCAGUUUGUGAAAUUAAACCGAUUAAAUUAUUUCUCAUUUUCCUCUAGUUUCAUAUUGUAUUAUGACCACAAAGUUGACUAUUAAAUAAAUAUGUAUAUAUUGAUUUUGUGAUUAAAUACAAAUAAACCUAAA